GUUUCUUAAAGCUAAUUGCCUAAUUAGGAAGUAGACUAAAAAAAAGUUUGGGGCGAAUAUUUUAUUUUUUUAUCUUCUUUUUUUUCAUCUACUACCCUUGUUCUCUAGAAACAAGUUGCCUUCACAUACUCAUGCUUUCCUAGUAGACCUUUUAGUCUUCACAUAUUUUAUUUCUCUCCCGUCACUCACCUAGGUAUCCUUCCGUCCCUUCUUCAUGCUAGCCGCGAAAGUGACUGGCGGCGCAAUCUGUCUAAGAUGCCGACUACGUCUUCUUCGUCAAACCCCUCAGCUCUUUCAGAUUUCGAGUCAAUUUGUUAGAAACCAGCGUUCAAUCUUACAGCGCUUUUACAGCAACUCAAGCGCCCUUCCAACCGACGAGGAUCUAAGCCCCGAAAACGAGGGAUUGGGUUUGGAAAAUAAAAAUGAGGGGGGACAUCAUAGGAAGCGCGAACACGGGAGAGGACGUGGUGUUAAGUCCUUGGACCUUCGCAAGAAACGUCUCUCUCGCAAUCGCAUCCUUGAGGAGGCCUCAGGAAGCCUCGAUAUCGGUAUGCUAGGCAAGCCCGCCUCCGUAAUUAUCAUGAAGGACGAAGGUCCAUAUCGAAAGAAAGGCCGCCGUCCUUACGUUCCCGAAGAUCCCGACGAAGGAACUGGCAACAAGCCUGCCAAUCUCGAGGCUCUACUUAAGCUUCAGCGAGAGACGCCGACCAUAGAGGAGGUCUAUGCCGGUCUUGAUGGUUUAAAACCAAAGUCGGAAACUACCAUGCCAGAAAGAGAGUUCCGCAAACUGCAAGCCGAGCUAAUGGACGGUUUUCUGAGCCCGCAACUCUAUGGCUAUCUCGAAUACUAUAAAAAAAAAAAACGCCAUUCAACUGGGUCCAACCCGGCAGAUAAAUUGUUAGCGGACGUCAAGAAGUAUAGUUGGGUUAGAAAUAUCAGCCCAUGGGCGCCGCUAGGAACCCGGUCAACGCCUGUAGAGGGUAUCGAUGCUAGCUUGCAAGGGUAUGCGACGGAAUCGACCCUUCCAAAAGAGGCGUUGGCAUUGCGAAUCAUGCGUGAGUGUUGGGGUCUUUCGAUCACAGAGCUUGAUGCUAGGCUUGGUGAAAUGAAGAUCAAGAUACAAAAUAAGAGCUUCCUCCUCCUUAUGCGUGGUACCAGGAAAUGGAUGAACGGUAUAGAUGAUACAUGGUUCGGUCCUGGCGAAAAGAUCGAGGCAACUCGAAGCAAAUUGACUAUACGGAUAGUGGCCACAAAAACAAAAACAUUGACCCUGAUACAGCGCUUGGCGAAGAUGCUCAAGGAGGUUACUUAUAUAAUUUCCCCGAGAGGUUUCGUCGUCCAGGAGCGCCUCGACGAAGCAGCGCUAGAAGAGAUAGGACGUAUUACAAACACCCACGUGUCCUUGAUUAAAUCUACCGGAAAUUGCCGCAUAACUUGGAUCGAUACUGAGGGUCCUACGGACCUGACAUCCCAAGGCGAUGAAGCCUGUCGCCUACUCCUAACCGGUUCUAACCCACAACCAGCAACAACAAGGACUCUGAUGGUCGCAGGCUUAGAAAAUAAACCUCCGGGCAGGUUUGUUAUGAAUACGACUAGUAAAGAGAGGCUGGCAUGGAACUACAGAAGUAGCGCGUGGGCUCGUUACAUACUACCAGUGACAUCCGAGGAGAGCAAUCCAGCAACAGAAAACCCACUUGGCAGACUUCAGCUUCCAAUCAUAUCGCUACCUCAAACUCCUAUAUCUGGCGAGCCACUUGAACCUGCAACGGAUAUGCAGCCAUCUUCUUACAAGAGGGUCGGAUGGACCAGUGAGUACCAAAUUUCGACAAUAGCGCAGUUUGGCACUUUGCUACAUGCCAACAACCCGUCUGCCACGCCUCCUGCCCUACCCGGCCUCCUAGUUGCCAACCAUCCCCGUGUGUUCGCUGCUUCAACACCGCACGCUGUACAACUCACCAGCCUGAACACUGGAACACAGCCCGUCGAGACAAAAUCCUCGGUGGUUCUUCGAUUCUGGCCCACUCCUGCCCAGAACGAGAUGCCAGGGAAGAAGCAGCGCAAGCCCCACUCUGCCACUGCUUUUCCUCCAGCACCUCUCCUCGAGCUUCGUCUCUCAGUGUCGGGCAACAAAAUAAAGGGCAUCGAGAGCCUACGUGCUAUUAGACGAGAGCACGUCACGGACGUUAUGCUUCCUGCGUGUCCAGUCGAUCUACGCUUUACGCAAGACGAAUACGUAGUGCCAAGUGAUGACAUUUCUAAGUCAGCUUCCUGGGAGCCGUUACACACAUUUCUCGCAUCAUCGCAUCUCGAUUUGGAGCGCGGCAGGCUCAAAACACCUCCAAGGCGAAGGUUUUCAGUCCCGUGGCAUCCAUUAUCAUGGAGUACUUCCAAAGAUUCCGCCGACUUUACACCUAGCCCAGACUCAAGGACACCUCUGAGCAUCGAGACCGAAUACACGUUAGCGAGUCUCGAGAUCCAUCGCUCUAUCUCGACGUUAUACGAAGGUUUCAAGCUAUCAUACACAUCUAUUGAGGCAGGGCCGGAGAGCAGACAGGGAGCUGAAGUCACCUUGGAACCAACCGUUGUUUCCGGUGGUAAUAUUAAUUCCCGUAAAUUGCACGACGAGUUCUUAGCGGCCUGCCACAAACUCGCCAGCACUGAUACUUUUUGGACAGGAUUGUAGCAUGUGUAAUGGGAUAUAGAUUAGAUUAUAUAGUUUUCAGUUGCCAGCAGCUACAUGCAGCACAAUGUACACUUACAAAUACCUACUCUAUGCCUUUGAGCGCCAACUAGACACAGGAACAUAAUCCACUUGUAUCAACAAACCAAACCCCCAAAACAUCAAGAGAGACUGCUGUAGGAAUAGUAGAAAAGAGAUCAAGGUUGCUAGGUUAGUGCUUUUACAACAUCGUUGUAGCGGAGUAGAAAGAUAUAGGGAACACUCACGCCUCACCAGUCAUUACAUCAGUGAUUAGAGAGCAACGCCAAAUU